UUCUAAAACCCUCGUCUUUGCUCGCUCCUCGUCUCCUUCUCCGCCUUCUCGCCGUCGUCGUCGCCGAUAUCGCUCCGGCGUGUGCCCGUUGACAAGUCUCUCCGCCCUUGCCAUCAUACGACCAGAAUCUCUACCUCUUGAAUUCGAUUUCUUUAUUUGAAGUUUAGCUUUGAAUUAGAAGUAGAAGUUUAGAUUUCUGCUGAUUUUUUUUUGGUGGCAAAAGCUCUAGUGCUCCGUCGUCCAUGGCGAGCUGUGGUGGGAAGAUCAACUCCACCUCCAUUAAUUGUGUGAAACUCUACUCCAUCUCUGGCCACCGUUCUCCGGCCUCAUGGCUCCUCCCCAAAAAGCUCAAAUCCCUUCGCAAAGACCAAGGUUAUCUUCAAAGGGUCGAUUUGAUCCAAGAUUUGAGGUUUGAGAUUGCCACAACCAAAAUUAAGGUGACUCUUGAUGGAGAUUAUGUUGUUGCAUCAGGUAUAUACCCUCCACAAGUUAAAGUCUAUGAAUUGAGGGAACUGUCGUUAAAGUUUGAAAGACACCUAGUUUCAGAAAUUAUUGAUUUUCAGGUGCUGUCUGAUGAUUAUUCCAAGAUUGCUUUUCUAUGCGCUGAUCACUCUGUAUGCCUACAUGCUAAAUAUGGAAGCCACUACAACUUACGAAUUCCAAGGAUGGGAAGGGAUAUUGCAUAUGACUGUUGGUCCUGUGACUUGCUUUGUGCGGCUUCCUCUCCUGAUCUGUAUAGAAUCAAUUUGGAACAGGGACGUUUUCUAUCAUCACUCAGCACUCAAUCACCUGCUAUAAAUGUGGUUUCAAGAAGUGCAUUGCAUGGUCUUGUUGCUUGUGGUGGUGAAGAUGGAUCUGUGGAAUGUUUUGAUAUGAGAAAGAAAACUUCUAUUGGACGGAUUAGUGCUGCUGCUCAUUCUAGUGAUCUUGACCAGGAGGUUACUUCACUGCAGUUUGAGGAUAUUCAUGGUUACCAGAUGGCUGUUGGGAGUAGCACUGGAAAGGUAUUAAUAUAUGACCUGCGUAUGUCUGAUCCUGUUCGGAUCAAGGAUCACAUGUACUUAAAUUCUGCAUUGGAUAUUAAGUGGCAUCAAACGCUUAAUUCUGCAGAACCAAAAAUGAUCACUACAGAUUGCCAUGUUAUCAGGAUUUGGGAUCCUGAAACGGGAGAUAAUAUGACCAGCAUUGAGCCAAGUACAGGAGCAAUCAAUGAUGUAUGUUUGUUCCACGAAAGCGGCUUGCUGUUAGCUGCUUUGGACUGCAGCCAGAUACCAUCUUAUUUCAUACCUGCUUUAGGACCUGCCCCCAAGUGGUGCUCCUACCUUGAAAACUUAACGGAAGAAAUGGAAGAAGGAUCGCAGAUGACCAUAUAUGAUGACUACAAGUUCUUAACUAAAGAGGAUAUUGAACGGUUGAAUUUGUCACAUUUGAUAGGAAGCAACCUCUUGAGAGCCUAUAUGCAUGGGUUCUUUAUAGACUACAGGCUAUAUAAAAAGGCUCAAGCAUUGGCUGAUCCUUUUGCAUAUGAUGCCUACAUGGAAAAGAGAAAGCAGGAGAAGAUAGAAGCUGAACGUGCUUCUCGUAUUACUAUCAAAAAGAAAUUACCUAAAGUUAACAGGCUUCUUGCAGCCCGCCUGCUUGAAAAUGAAGAAGCCAAAGAAGCUGAACAAGAAAAUGUUAGUGAAGAUAUCACAAAGAAGAAAAAGAAAAACAAAGGGUUAAGCAGUGAGAUCUUGCAGGAUGAACGUUUUAAGGCAAUGUUCGAGGAUAAGGACUUUGAAAUAGAUGAGCGGUCAACUGAGUAUCUCUCCCUGCAUCCUCUAGCAAAGCAAGCUGUCAAGAAGCACCCAUCUUUGAUCGAGGAACACUUUGAGCCCAUCAUGCAGGACAAUGAAGAAGGAAGCAGUGAUUCUGAAGGUUUGGCAACCUCAGAUGAUGAUCUUAAGAAAGAUAAGAAUAAAGAAAAGAAGAAUUCCAAGCGUGUGAGGUUGUACGAAGUCAAGGAUGAGCGCCAUGCUGAAGCAUUCGUGAACCAAGUAUCCCUUGCGAAAGAGGAUGCCGUCUCACUUGGUGAGAGGGUAGCCGCUCUCCAGCAGCACCAAUCUUCUACCAAGCAUAAUGUGGUGAGAUUUGGACCUGGUGGUUCUCGGGAAAUAUCGUUUGUACCAAGGAGAGGCAUAAAGAUACAAGAUGACGAUGAGGAGCCUCAAGAUGGAAAAAAACGACGGGGCAUACAUCCGCUCGGCUUGAAGCCAGACAAAUCAGAGUUCCUUGCUAGGAUAAAGCAUGGAGGUGGAGGUAGAGGUAGGGGUAGAGGCCGAGGAAGAGGCAGGGGUAAGGGUCGCCGGUAAUAUAUACUUGAAUGAACUUGCCUUUUUCUUCGGUACCUUCUCAUCCUACAGUUGUCCAGAUUUGCAGCAAGUAUUUGCAAAUGACAAGAUGCCAAAAGAUCACAACAGCUAAUGCUGCACAAAGUUUUGUUUUUGUUUCUUCAUCCCUGUAAUUUUAUAUUUGGGGGGAAAUCUGAGUAUGUUGUAACAAUAGCUUCAAUCAUUACUUUGUUAGUUUAAUUCUACUCGUCUGAAAAGAUGGCUGUGUUCUGUCA